CGUAAAGUGUCAAAUGAGACAUUUAAGGGGUUUUAAAUUAUUAAGCAUCUUUUAAAUCGAUAAAUUGUUUAUUUUUGAUAAUUUAUGAAUGUAUUUAUUUAUAUUAAACAUCUAUUCCUCCAAGAAAGUGCUAGUGCAUUAAAUGAUUCCUGCCUGCAACAGAACUGUCUUGGUCAAAAUUCCUAAUGAGCUUCAAAUUACAACGCGCAGCACAUCCAAUAAAAACCAAUCAAGAUCUAUGGGAAUUUGAGGUCAAAAGUCACGAUCUAUUCUGGCCACGAUAUAUAAAGACAGCACAAAUUCGCGGACAAACUAGAUUUUUAGGUAGUGAAUAUGACUCGCUAGGAGCUGUCGACACCUCAGAUCCCGCCGUUUCGAAACGCCAGGUUUUAGUAUGUCACGAUAUGAUGGGAAACUACAGAGAGGAUAGGAAAUAUGGAACGUCGACGAAAUGGGAUGACUAUCGCUUUUAUCAUUGGAGCGGAGUCAAUUACUUCUGCUAUUUCAGUCAUUUUUAUGUUACAAUUCCACCUGCCACAUGGAUAAAUGCAGCUCAUCAACAUGGCGUUUCAGUUCUAGGAACCUUUUUAACCGAAAAUCGCGAUGGAGCAAAACGUUUGCGAGAGGUACUGGAAGAUUCGGAAACCGUGGACAAAACAGUUGAUUCGUUAGUCAAAAUGUGUGAGCAUUUCUGUUUCGAGGGAUACCUUAUUAAUAUUGAGUGUCCUGUUGAACCAGAAAAAGUUCAAACGUUGCUCUACUUUGUUCGAUCUCUGACCGAAAAAAUCCACCGUAACAUCCACAAAGGAGUUGUAUUUUGGUACGACGCAACUGAUGAGAACGGGAAACUAGACUGGAAAAAUGAGCUAAACGAGCACAAUCGUUGCUUCUUCAAUUCCUGCGACGGCAUUCUAAUCAACUACAAUUGGCGUGACGAACACUUAGAAAACACUAAAAAUCAAUGCAACGACAACCCAGUGAAGGUUUUCAUGGGUCUUGAUGUGUUCGGUCGCGGACAACUCGGCGAGAUGAAAACCGCCGAAACAAUGAGUCGUGUCGUGCCUUACAAUUAUUCAGUGAACAUUUUCGCUCCCGGUUGGACAUAUGAGUCAAACGGUUCCGAGUUUAAUAUUGACUUAAACGCAAAACAAGGAAGCGAUAAAUUAAAUUAUUUAUUCAUGAAGCGCAAUGAUAAAUUCUGGUCAUUGUUAUGGGAGCAUAUGCCAACGAUAGCGUAUAAGAAGCUUCCAUUCUAUACGGACUUUUGCGUAGGAAGUGGAAAAUUUUCAUUUUUCAUGACAAUUAAAGAUGAUAGAAAGUUUUUCGACUUGUCCAAACAGUCUCUUCAACCAUCCGUUCCGCUUUAUGGUAGGGCGAGAUACCAUUUUGAAGAUGCCGUUGAUGGAGGAUCAUGCCUCCAAAUUUUGCAGUCUCGAAAAGGUUUUCGACUAUUCGCUACAGAGUUCCAAGUAGAGAAAACUCUUGUUCUGGGAUUCGCAUCUAAAGGAAAAACAGCACCGCCACAACUCGAUUGUCUCCUUGAGAUUGAAGGUAUCGAUUCUACUGGUAUUUGUGAAAUCGUUUGUGGCAACUAUCCUGCUUAUAAGGCGAAGAAAGGUGUAAUAUUCAUGCCUCGCAUUCGAAGUAAUAACACCUAUAAAAUUACCAAGUUUUUGAAUGAAUUAGAUCAGUCCGUACAGUUACCAUACACAUUAUUAAACGGUUGGAUAGUGCAAUAUUUCAUUGUUAGCUUUGACCAACCCGUUAUGGUUAGAGAUAUUGGAAUAUUUUGGCGAGCCGACGAGGAGGAAAUGUAUAAUGACAACUACUUAGGGGCUAUUUAUUUUCAUGCUGGCCACUUGCCCGUAGAAGGUAUCGAUGAAAUUCAUAUUCAGGACUACCUUGUAAAUUGAUAUGUCUCUUUAAGUUAAAUAUAUUCAUAAGUACAUUU